AUGGCCACUGUACCUCUUGCUUUGAAGGCUGGUGUUGAGUCUAAGGACAAGCUCACAGAGCUUCUGUGGCAGGAUGCCUUGAGCCACCUUGGGUCUACAAACAAUGAGGUUCUUCUUCCCAUCAACGUCAUUGAUAUGAUCAGCCAGAACAACGUCAACAAGAUCAAGACCCGUCUCAGUGCUCUCAUUGGGGCCCCGGUGGUGGCAUUCGUUGAUGAAACAAUCAACGCGCUCCGGGUCAUGCGUACUCCUGCCUUUUCGGGUACUGCAGUUUCUGUGGCCUCGCCCGAGGUGGCAUCGGGCAUCAAGCUGGAGGCUGCCGAAGCAGCUGCCCCAAAGAAUGAGAGAACUACUGCCCCUGUGAGAACUGCGAAGGUUCCUCGUCCGCCUAAUGCAUUCAUUCUGUACCGCCAGCACCACCACCCCCAGCUCAAGGAAGCUCAUCCUAACCUGUCAAACAAUGAAAUUUCAAUUAUCCUGGGAAAGCAGUGGAAGGCGGAAUCUGAAGAUGUCCGAGUCGGCUUUAGAAGCCUGGCGGACGAUCUGAAGAAGAAGCACGCCGAGGCACACCCCGACUACCAGUACACUCCUCGCAAGCCGUCUGAGAAAAAGCGUCGCGCCUCUGGCCGGCAGCAGCCCAAGACCACCGCGGAGAUGAAGUCGCCUGAGCCUACCACCAUCAGUACCGCAGCCACCACUCCUUCCGUCGACGCCAACCUGCAGAUGGAGGCCAUGGUGAUGGAGGGCGCCGCCGAUCCCUUUGUCGGAUACAACAUGGUCAUGGGCCCCGACGCCGCCAUGGCACACGACCAGUUCCCGCUCGAUGCCGAGACUCUGGAGACGCUCAUCCAGCAGGCUCAGUCCGACUAUGGCAGCAAGGGCGCCAACAACAUGGUCUAUGGCUCGGCCGCCGCCAUGGAGGGUCCCUACGCGUUCAACGACAGAGCCGUGGGCGACUCCCUCGAGUUCUCUGACUUCAUCACCGAUCUCUUCUGA